UGGGUGCACUUUUAUAGAAUACAACCCGAAACAUUACUCUAACUUGUCAUAAAAGACGAGCGCAGGAUGAGAAUCCCGAGGAGCGCUCUGUGCCUGGCGAUUCUGGCGAGCAGUUUAUCGUUGGCAGUUUGCGAGAAGCAAUUAUUACCGGAGCUCUCGUUCUCUUUGUCGGGCUAUAGCCUUGAGUGGCCAUGUCAAAGCACGAGGAACAUUUACGAAACGAGCGGACGUUACAUCCCCAGGAAUGUCAUAGGCACGAGGGCGCAGAUCUACAGGGAGGACAUGAUCAUAGCGAUGCCGCGAUACAAACCGGGUGUACCUUUCACCUUAGGUGUCAUGUCCCUGAAAGCGAAGGACUGCGCGCCGAAAGUGACACCGUUCCCCUGUUGGGCGAUUCAGGAAGAGGGCAACUGCCAGGCUCUGCAGAGCGUUGUGGACAUAGCUCUGGACAUUCAGGAAAUUCUGUGGGUAUUGGACGUUGGUAUCGUAAACACUUUGGAGCAACCGGUACGCAGAUGCCCUCCGAAAGUCGUCGGAAUUAACGUCAAAUCCGGAAAGGUCGUGAAGGUGAUCGACUUGAGUAACUUGAUAAACCCGUUGUCUCGUUUGCAAUAUCUGGCGGUCGAUUACGCGGAAGAUGGUCAAGUGUACGUAUACGUAACCGACGCCGCCUCCAAGUCCAUCAUCGUUUACAAUGUUACCGCUGAUAAAGGAUACCGAGUGAUCCUUCCGAACGCCGUUACCGUUGGUGUCGAUCGAAGAGACGUUCUCUACUUGACGUUGGUGAAGAAGAGUUGCGGUACACCAGUAGUAUAUUUCACUUAUCUAGGAUCCAACAGGCUUUUCGCGAUAAAGGCUGAGAAUUUGAGAAAGGGUCUCACUCAAGGAGCGGUCGCAGAUGUCGGACUGAAACCAGACAAGUUGGUCCUCCUCGGCAGUGAUAACGGCUGCGCCAUUUUCUUCAGAUACAAGGGCGAGUCCGAUAUCUACAUGUGGAACACGGAAACGCCCUUCAGAACGGAGAACUUCCUUCUGGUACAAAAGGGCAAUGAUUGCCGAUUGGCGACUCAAGUCGUACCUGGAUUCAAGAGACUUAUGUGGGUUAUCGAGAGUAACUUCCAGGAUUAUAUACAGAACACUGUGAGUUGCUCGGGCGCUUCCGUGGCCAUUCAUCCCUUGGUCAAAACUUGCGACGAGUAAAAAGUACUUGUCAAUCGAGUAUUUCUUUACGACCACUACGGCACGCGGUUAUAUAUAAGUCUAUGUCUUAUAAGCAGGAACUAAAAUCGGCAAUUUAAAAAGCCAUUUCGAUGCUUUAGACAUGUGAAAAUGAUGCAUCUACGUUUAUUUACGGCAAUGGAGAUACGACAGUUAACGCAAGGUACAUUUUUUUUAGGUAUUUUUAGCAUCGAGAUAUAAUUUCGGUAAAAUUAUAUUGGUUCUGAUUCCUACUUCUAUAUAGAUAAAACAACGAAUCUCAUAUUUUAUUUCUUCACGGUUGAAAGAUAAUUACUCAGAUCGUAUGACAUUUCUUGACAUUGUGACAUUAGUUGUUACAGCAAUCGCUGAAUUAAGUUUAAAAAAAUAGAAAAAUCGAGUUCUAUUUUGUCGCUGAUCUAGUCAUGUAAUCGGCAGCGUUCUCGUAGAUAGUAAGUGUGAUUUGCGAAAUUAAUAUUACUUAAUGUAGGUGCUGGAACAACCGAUUGCGUAGACAUAUAAUUAGCUUAUUUACGAUGUUUACUUCUAUCAAAAUAAGUACAGCCGUGACCGAUGGAGAGCUUUUUUACAAAGCUCACGCUUACAUUACACGAUCCGCGGUCACGCGAUCAAAUCAAUAUAUGGACAAAUUGACCAGUGUCAAAAUUAUAUCAUAUUGAUAUUUAAAUUAAUGCCAGCAAACAGCUGUUUUCAAUGAGAUUCCUUAACAAUUACAGUUGUUCACUCUCUGCUCAUAUUGUCUUCUAAAAAAAAAAAUGAUUUAUUCUCAGUAAUAUUGAUCAUAACACCCUGUAAUGUGUUGUAUAAAAAAGAAAAUAAUGAGCUAGUAAACGUUAACUUAUAUAAACAGUUAUGUGUGUGAAGCCACGUGUGAAGCUCUUUAUGUAAUCUAAUGUAAUCUACGUAAAACUCUAUUUUUGGCGAAUACAUAAUAUUCAAGGCGAUUGAAAAUCACACCAAAUUUGUUGAUUAAAUUUAUUCAAUUUAAUAUUAUAAUCAAGUUAAUCAAAAUGCAAAGAUAUAUUCUCGAGUAAUUAAAGAUUAAAAAUAAAAGGAUUUAGAAAGA